GAACCCUGUUGGUUCUGCAGGUCAAAGAGAAGGAGAGAAGGAGUGCAAGUAUUAUAUAUGCUGAUUCGGAUCAUCAUAAGUAUGUCCUCACAAGAAUUAAGCUUUCAACAUUCUCAGCUUCUGCUUAAGUGCUUUUUCAAGAGAAUUUCUGCCAUUCAGGAAUAAUGCUUCUUGUGGCUUCUGUUAGGUGAGACUUGUGAAUAUUUAACAAUGGUUGAAAUUUCUUCAAACUCAACAGACAUUCUGACACUGCAAGGCUUUGACCUACCUCCUCAAGGGGUGUAUGCUGCAUUUAUUUUCGCCAUGCUGAGCUACCUUUUAAUUAUCUUCAGUAAUGUUUUCCUGAUGGCCACCAUUAUCAUGAAUAAGAGCCUCCACCAGCCUAUGUACUUCUUGCUCUUUAACCUGCCCAUCAAUGACCUCAUUGGCUCCUCAACCUUCUUCCUGCAACUCAUCAAAGAGAUCCUGCUGGACUCCAGGUACAUCGAGGCCUCCAACUGCAUCGCUCAGGCGUUCUUCGUCCACGUUUAUUGGGUUACUGCUGCUUUAAUCCUCUCUGCCAUGGCUUACGACAGGUACAUCGCCAUAUGCAACCCACUGAAGUACAGCACCAUAAUGACCAACAGCCACAUCGCGAAAAUAAUCGCAUCGGUGUGGCUCGUGGCCCUGCUCUUGAUUGGCGUGCUGUUCUUCUUACUACUACGGCUGCCUCGGUGCAGAUCUUUAAUAUCGCAAACUUACUGUGACAAUCCCUCUCUGCUUGCACUAGUUUGUGCAGACACCACCAUCAACAACAUUUACGGACUGUUCAUCACAGCCGGCUUGCAAGUGUUCGCCGUGGCAGAUCAACAGGAGUCUUUUAGCCCUAUCAGCAUACAUGUCUCCAGUGCAUAACCAGAAAAGUAGCUGCCCUGAAGACCUGAAUGGUCUUCAUAUUUGGGGAAUUUCAUUUUAAAUCAUAAUAAAAACCAGCACACAAGGUAACCAUCCCCACAACAGAAUUCCUCA